AUGGCUUACAACGAUGAUUCUGUAUUGGCGCGGCUUUCGUCGCUGAAUGAAAGCCACGACAGUAUUGCGACAGCUGCGCAAUGGAUCAUGUUCCAUAGGCGGCAUGCAGACAGGACUGUACAGCUGUGGAUGCAGCGUCUCAAAGACUCAUCCAGCACAAAACGGUUGAGCUUGGUCUACCUUGCCAAUGAGGUUGCUCAACAGUCUAAAAUUCGUCAUAAGGAUGACUUUAUCAUUGCUUUCGCGCCAGUGAUUGCCGAAGCUGCUUCUGUUGCCUAUAAAGGCGCCCCAGCGGAACUGCAGUCGAAGCUGAAGCGCGUUAUUGACGUUUGGAGAGAUCGCUCGAUUUUUGAGGCGCCAAUCCAAGCUGCGAUUGAUGCCCGUAUUGGAGAACUCGACAAGGCUCGUGGUAUGGCCAAAUCUGGUUUUGCUGGCUCUCCAUUUGGUGGCGGUAGUACCAGUACCGCUGCGAUCCCAUCCGAGUUUGCGCCUCUUGUAUCUGCGCAUCAGAACGUCAGCAAACUGAGCACGCCCCUCAAGGCCACAAUCACUUCAGCAAACCAAGAAUACGAGAAGCAAACAGACUCAUCUACUCCUGUACCUUCCGCUCCUGUCUACGCGGCUCGCCUGAACGGACUUCUCAAAACCUUGGCUAAUGCAGAAAGUGCGGUUGCUGAGUGCGUGAAAGCGAGAGAGGGCCUUGUCUCUGGUCUGGAGACACUACUCAACGCCAACCGUGCCGCACUGGAGCAAGAGAAGUCUGCUGCUGCUCAGCUGACUUCCCGAAAGACUGAAAUUGAAGAGAAGAAACAACAGGUUGAGAUUGGUAUCAUGAGAGCGCUAGGUCCAGCUGACAGCAACGGCUCUACCGGGCAAGUAGACUCAUUUGGCACGCCCCAGGAACCGGACAGACCAGAAAUCGAGGCACUUACUCCGCCGUCCUUUGAGCCUUUCGAGGCGCCUACUCCUGAGGCAUUGACACCAGAGGGUGAGCCUGCUGAUGCUAGUGCCGAACCUAUUCCUGCUGUUAUUGACGAGGAUGAAGAACCUCUAUCUUACCAAUCAUUACCGAUCUCAACCAACGGGUCAAACAAGCGCCGUCGGGUCGACGCUGAAGAGUUUCCUGAUCUUGGAGGAGACGACGGAAUUGAUGCCGAUGUUGCAGAGAUGUUGAAGGGGGGGGCUCAAUCGUGA